CUGGCCCCGCUCGCCAUGGGGCUGCUGGCCCUCUCCUGCUGCGCAGCCCCUCUCCAGAGCAAGCCGCAGGCAGUUGUCACCUUCCCGGGGGAGCUGGUCAGCACCCUGUCAGACCUGGAGCUGGCAGAGAGCUACCUGCUGCGGUUCGGCUACACCACGGAGGCAGAGGCGAGGACGGGCGACAAGCACGUGUCCCUGGCCAAGGCGCUGCGCAAGAUGCAGAAGCAGUUGGGCCUGAAGGAGACGGGGGAGCUGGAUGCCAGCACGCUGGAGGCCAUGCGAGCCCCCCGCUGUGGCGUCCCUGAUGUGGGAACCUUCCUCACAUUCGAGGGGGACCUCAAGUGGGACCACAUGGACCUGACGUACCGGGUGAUGAACUACUCCCCCGACCUGGAUCCUGCUGUGAUUGAUGAUGCCUUCAAGCGAGCGUUCAAAGUGUGGAGCGACGUGACCCCCCUCACCUUCACCCAGAUAUACAGCGGCGAGGCAGACAUCAUGAUCAUGUUUGGCAGUGGAGAACACGGGGACGGAUACCCCUUCGAUGGCAAGGAUGGGCUCUUGGCCCACGCCUUUCCCCCAGGCCAGGGGAUCCAGGGCGAUGCCCACUUUGAUGACGAUGAGCUCUGGACGCUGGGAACCGGCUUAGUGGUGAAGACCCGCUAUGGGAACGCCAACGGGGCCAACUGCCACUUCCCCUUCGUCUUCGAGGGCCAAUCCUACUCCCGGUGCAUCACAGAGGGGCGCACGGACGGGCUGUCCUGGUGUGCCACCACAGCCAGCUACGACCGGGACAAGAAAUAUGGCUUCUGCCCCAGUGAACUCCUCUACACCAAUGGUGGCAACAGUGAUGGGUCCCCCUGUGUCUUCCCCUUCGUCUUUGAUGGCACCACCUACAACACCUGCACCACGGACGGACGCUCCGAUGGCUACCGUUGGUGUGCCACCACCGCCAACUUUGAUCAGGACAAGAAAUACGGCUUCUGCCCCAACCGAGACACGGCGGUGAUCGGCGGCAACUCCCAGGGGGACCCGUGCGUCUUCCCCUUCACCUUCCUGGGGCAGUCCUACAGCGCUUGCACCAGCCAGGGCCGGCAGGACGGCAAGCUCUGGUGUGCCACCACCAGCAACUAUGACACCGACAAGAAGUGGGGCUUCUGCCCAGACAGAGGUUACAGCAUCUUCCUGGUGGCUGCCCAUGAGUUCGGGCACUCGCUGGGGCUGGACCACUCCAGUGUGCGCGAGGCGCUGAUGUACCCCAUGUACAGCUACAUCCAGGACUUCCAGCUGGAUCCAGAUGAUGUCCAGGGCAUCCAGUACCUCUACGGUCGUGGCUCUGGCCCCAAGCCCACCGCCCCUGUGCCCACCGAGGAGCCCCAGCCCAUGCCCACAGAGGCUGGUUUUGAGGAGACACCAGAGCCCACAGCUGAGCCUGUUCCUGUGGACCCCAGCCGGGACGCCUGCAUGGAGAAGAACUUCGAUGCCAUCACAGAGAUCAAUGGGGAGCUACAUUUCUUCAAGGAUGGGAAAUACUGGACGCGUUCAUCCUUCUGGAAGUCUGGCAUCCAGGGUGCCUUCUCCGUCGCAGACACCUGGCCCGGCCUCCCCGCUGUCAUCGAUGCCGCUUUCCAGGACGUGCUUACCAAGAGGGUCUUCUUCUUCGCUGGUCGGCAGUUCUGGGUGUUUUCUGGCAAAAGCAUGCUGGGCCCCCGGGGGAUCGAGAAGCUGGGCAUUGGGAAGGAAGCUGGUCGCAUCUCGGGCGCCCUGCAGCGUGGCCGCGGCAAAGUGCUGCUCUUCAGCGGGGAGAGCUACUGGAGGCUGGACGUGAAGGUCCAGAGGGUGGACAAAGGCUACCCCCGCGCCACUGAUGACGUCUUCACUGGCGUCCCCCUCGACGCACGCAAUGUCUUCCUCUACCAAG